AUGUUGCACCAGGAAAUAAAACAACCCUGCGAUAUACUAGGAUGUGGUGGAUUUGUGAAAAGUCAUGUCAAUUUGGAUUUCUCUAAAAUCGAAAUCGGAUUAUAUACCAAAGAAGGAAGCCUAAAAGAAAAGACAGAAUGCGCGCCAAACAACGGGUAUUACUUUCUCCCGCUCUAUGAAAAGGGCGAAUACGUGUUAAAGGUCAACCCUCCACCAGGCUGGAGCUUUGAGCCCUCAGAAGUCAACUUAAAUGUUGAUGGUGUUACGGACCAAUGUUCCACCGGCCAAGAUGUAAAUUUCUCGUUUAACGGUUUUGGUAUCACUGGUCUAGUGAUCACGGCGGGGCAGAAGCAAGGGCCUGCGGGUAUAGCGGUGCAGCUGGUUAAUGAUAAAGGGGAUGUGAGGAACACGGUGACCUCUGCAGGUGGGGAUUUCCACUUUACACCGGUGAUUCCAGGGAAAUACACUGUAAAGGCAUCUCAUCCAAGAUGGAAGCUAGAACCAUCUUCAGCAGUAGUUCAAGUUAAAGAAGGCAACACAGUACUGCCGACAGGUGUGCUGGCAGUCAAAGGUUAUGAUGUGAAGGGCUCCGUCACUUCUAACGGCAACCCUAUUGCUGGGCUCUAUGUGCUGUUGUAUUCUAAAGAGGAAAGCCCCAAACUUCGCGUAGAAGGCUGCAAGACGGCCCUCCUGCAGGGUGUCCCUGGUUCACCAAUCUGCCACUCCAUAACGGACAACAACGGGGAGUUCACAUUCGGUCUGGUGCCAGCAGGAGAAUACAAGUUACUGGCGCUAGCCAAGAGCCCGGGACAGGCAACGGUCAGCUAUAAUGUGAAGCCGGAGAGUGUGCCAUUUGCUGUGCUACAUGAUAGCCUGUAUAUUAAGAACGCUUUUGAGGUGACCGGUUUCACAGUAAUGUCGUCGGUGGUGUCCACCGCUGGAACAGGCAUACCCAACGCACGCGUGUCGUUGGACGGUAAAGCGGUUGGGAAGACUGACGGUGCUGGGAAAUACACCCUGCCAUCUUUGCAAAGUGGGACCUACACCAUCAGCGUGGAACAUGACCAAGCCCAGUUCGACGAUAUCCAGCUAACUAUAACCCCCACCGGCUCGGUCCGCAUCCCUGAGGCGCGCGUGACGCGCUGGCGCGCGUGCGGCACGGUGACGCCGCCCGCCGCGCGACACGUCGUCGUGCGCGACAGCCGCGUACCCGUUGACGACCAAGGCAAAUGGUGCACUUUCCUGCCACCUGGCGUGUACACGGCGAGAGUGGAAGUUUCCGAGCAGGAACAACGGGAUGGAUUGCAAUACUACCCCCUUUCACACAAGAUCACCGUAGCUCACUCAUCCGUAUCAGACAUCGCGUUCUCGCAACUAAAAGCACUCGUAUCCGGCACGGUCCGAUGCCGGACCGGCGCCUCGGAGCUUCCCGUGACUCUUCGGACGUUAGCGCCGGACGGUAGCGUUGUGGGCAAUCCUCUUACUACCACUGCUAAAGAUGGCAAAUACACCUUUAAAGACGUACUACCCGGUAGCGUAGAGUUAUCAGUACCAUCCGAUAGACUUUGCUGGGCCGAAAGCGUUCACAACAUCGUGGUAACACAGGAGACAGCUACAGUACCGGACUUUGUACAGACCGGACAUGUCUUGAGGGCUCUCAGUUCUCAUAAGAUUGAGGUGGACUACAUCAGUGACGACGGCUCAGAAAAGGGCACAUUAACCCUCCCGUUGGGCGCGAGCACACACUGCGUGGGGAGCGGGUUACCGCGCCCGUACACGCUCACCCCGCGCGGCUGCCACCAGGUCCACCCGCCCACCGCCCGCGCCGACACCGGCGCUGAACAUCCUGAGCCAAUAAACUUCAUCGCCAUAGCUCACUCCGUGGUCCUCCGCGUGACCUCCCCUGAACCCGUUAAAGACCUGGUGCUGAAGAUCGGAGCUGAUGGUCACGGAGCCCGCGCCGUCGGACCUCUGAAGCCUCAACCUAGGGCUGGAGGUGGAUAUGUGUUCGAACACGAGCUGUUUAUGAAAGAGGGCGAAGUAGCAGUGGUAUCAGCCGAGUCCUCGACUCUCCUCUUCAAUCCGUCUGAGCCUCAGCAAGUGAUCGGUUCCUCCGACUGCCAACCACAGGCGUUGACCAUCCGCGCCGUCAAGGGCCUGUCCUUGGCUGGUCGUAUCAUACCCCCUGUUGCUGGGGUUACUGUCACUUUGACCUCAGAUGACCUCGAGCUGACCCAGACCACAACAACCACUGGCACCUACAGCUUCGGUCCCCUGGACGCGAGCAAACAGUACUCCAUCACGUGCACCAAGGAAUCGUACGUGUUCGACGGCCCUAACGACUCCGGAGAUGUGCGCGCACAUAAACUGGCCGAGAUUAUAGUUGAACUGGUCGAUGACGCUGAUGGGAAGCCAUUACAGGGCGCCCUGGUCUCCGUAAGCGGCGGCUCGUACCGCCGUAACCUGGUGUCUGGUGCUUCUGGCUCGCUUCGGUUCAGCUCCCUAGCGCCGGCGGAGUACUACGCCAAGCCUCUGAUGAAGGAAUACAAGUUCAGUCCACCGCAUGAGAUACUUACUGUGCAGGAGGGGCGAGAACACAAGUUGACACUCAGGGGAGUCCGCGUGGCAUGGUCCUGUGUCGGCCAUCUUCUGUCUCUCGGCGGUGUGGGCUGGGCCGGGGCCACUGUGGUAGCCAAGGCAUCAGGGAAGUGCGCUAGCGAAGAAGCCACUACCGAAGCUAAUGGAGCCUUCAGAAUUCGCGGCCUACUGCCCGGCUGUGUAUAUACGCUACAACUCAAGGAUUCAUCCACACCAGAGCUGGCCGGACUGAAGCUUGUCAAGGCACCGUCUUCCAUACAAGUGAAAAACAACCAAGACAUCACCGACGUCCAACUCAUCGCCAUCCAACCGCAGCAGAUAACGGACACCAAUGUUCUGGUCUACACUCCCAACAUAGACCAUUAUAAGACCCUCCGUCUCACCCUGGCACUGGAGUCCACACCGGACACUCCUAUAUACUCCACCAAACUCGACAGUGCCGGGUACAGCCAGACUUUAAACCCAGGUCUGAUGUACGUGCUGCCGCGCUUGCCAGCCGAUAAUAAAACUUAUAUCGUGCAGUUAGAGUCCACUUUGUCUAAAGCGACGCACAGCUACGAGGAGGUGGUUGGUUAUUUCAACUCGGAUGGCCAGUUCAAGCAUUUUGAUUUGGAGUUUUUGCCUAAGGUAAAAUCCUCGGAACAAGAACUCCGUCAAACCUCCCUCCUAGUCGUACCCCUAUUCCUCCUCCUAGCGCUCGCCUACCACCACCGAGCCAGUUUACUGGCGCACGUCACUGCGCUGGCGAGUCAACGGGCCACGCCUACUCGGCCUACUAGAGCGCGGCCUGAUGUGCUUGACCAUGCUAGUAUAGAUCAGAUUGUAAGCAGUGUUAACGCUGCUGGUAAGAAGAAGAAACAGUGAGCGUUUUA